AUGGCCCCUCCGCCAGCGCUCAGGUUCCCGAUGUCGCCGGCACCACCGCUGCUGCUGCUGCUGAGCUUGGCGCUGCUGGGCACCCGGGUCCGCGCCGAGCCCGCCACCGGGAGUGCUGUCCCUGCGCAGAGCCGCCCUUGCGUUGACUGUCACGCGUUCGAGUUCAUGCAGCGAGCCCUGCAGGACCUGCGGAAGACGGCCUACAGCCUGGACGCGCGGACAGAGACUCUCCUGCUACAAGCUGAGCGCCGGGCCCUGUGUGCCUGUUGGCCAACUGGGCGCUGAGGACCCUCACCAGCACUGCCCCCUGUCAAUAAAUGCC